CUGGAACCGACCUCCUUGUAAACGAACAUUCCGACUACCGGUCGUCCGCUCUGUAAUCAUCCAUCUAUUAUCACGACCUUUGAAUCCCUGUUAUCAUGCAGCCCCCAAUCAUUCAGCCCAUGCCCCGAUCUCCUUCCCCGAUCCCUCCUGUCCCUCUGACUGACAUCGCUCUCCUGCAUGUCGAACAUUCCAGAUCUCCUCCUCCCUAUGAUCAACCGUCAUCCUCGCGACCCUCCAUUUCAGACGAUAGACUCGUACCAGGAAAAUCAUUGGAUAUUCCAUGGAGAGCUUUGAUGCCCAUUCAACUGUAUCGUAUAGCGGACGCUUCGGCCUACUGUGUCAUAUUUCCAUUCGUCACUGCCCUCGUCACGUCCUUUAAUGUUCCUCAAGAUAAAAUUGGACUGUAUUCCGGAUUGGCGGAGGGGUCCAUGAUGAUGAUGGAGGCUGUCGCCGCUCCCUUUUGGGCCAAAGCCGCAGACAGGUAUGGAAGGAGAGCGGCGAUGAACUUUGGCUACGCGUCGUCUAUCCUCCCAGCUCUCAUGUUUGGGUUCUGUUCAGGACCUUGGCAGUUGUUGUUCUGGCGGACAUUGUUCGGCACGAUGAACCCAAUAGGAGUCAUAGGGAAGAUUCUCGCCUCGGAGAUCUGUCAUCCCGGCAACCGUGCCAAAGUCUUCGCCAUCUUCUCACCAGGUUUCGCGCUCGGAGCUAUGGCCGGUAAUCUGAUCGGAGGAGAAUUCUCUCAUCCAUGGCAUAGACUCCCAGCAUGGCUAGGCGGAGCGACAGAACUGUACAGGGACUGGCCAUAUGCCCUGCCAUGCGUCGUGCUCGCCGUGUUUGGGGUCCUUACCGUCGUUUAUGGCUUUGCAGAGCUGCAAGAGACUCGUCCGCCAAAGACACACUCUGACUUGUCAAAGUCGGAAUCUGAAAAGGCUUCAUCCAAAAUCUCAUAUGCAUCCGCAAUGAAGGUGCCUGGUUUCAUGCGGAUCACAGUCAUCUUUUGCUUCUUUCAACUUUCUGUAUUAUCGUGGGACGGAAUGGCUUCGGUUUGGCUCUACACACAGCUGGAUCGUGGUGGUCUCGCCAUGUCCGUGGAUAUCAUCGGACUCCUUCUCGCGUUCAACAAUUUUAUCUACAUCUUCACGAGCCCAUACCUCUUGCCAAGACUGCAAAAGCGCUACGGAGCCGUCAAGACACUUCGAGUCUGUUGUCUCAUCUACGUCCUCAUUGCCCUCAUGAUGCCCUUAUUGAGCUUCUUGGCAGGUACAGCAAGACCUCUCAUGUGGUUCAUGUUGUUUUGCUAUCAGACUCUACGAUGCGUUGCUGGACUGGCUUGGCCCUUAAGCGACAUGAUGACCACCGGAUGCUUCGACGAUUAUCCUCAUUUACUAGCUACUGGCAGUGCGGUAUCCCUCAUCGCUGGAGCAUUUGGACGGGCCAUCGGACCAGGUAUUGCUGGAUGGAUUUACUCCAUCUCAACAGAGUACGAAUCUGGAACUUUGGGAAGGCAAUUGCCCUGGGUGACCAUCCUUCUCAUAUCCUUACCUUCAGUCGUCUUGUCUCAGUCGAUGCCUUCUGACGCGGGUGGAAAGCACGACAGCUCAGGGUACGAAGCCGUCCCGAUGGUUGAUUCGGCUAGACGGGAUGAGGAAGAGAGCGAUGAGGAGACUGUGGCUUUGCGAGUCACCGGUACAGACGUGUGAGAGAAGCAAACUUAGAGAAGGUUUCAUGUGGACGGGAUGUUACGAGCGUGCAUGUUGGUACUAUAGGUG